UGGUCGAGUGUGUGUGUGUUUGAACUUCUAAUCAUGAGUUUACAUAUUAUGUUGUGUGUAUAGAUAAAUUUUAAGGUCAAGAUUUGUGAUAUUUAAUUGCUUUCAUAAUCAAUGUUCUAGUGUGAGACAUUUUCUGGACAGUUAUGUCAUUGUAACAUAACUAGAAAAAUAAGUUUUAACUUAAAACAUUUUUUUUUAACUGCUAUGUUGCUGUUAAUAGGUCUGUUUAUACAAAUCUGAUUAAUACCAGAUAUCAGUUAGCCUGACCUACAUACCAUUAUAUGAUAGAUCCAGUCUCUGUGUUUAUUGAGUGAGUUUCAUCAUUGAUAAUCCUUAACAUUUAUCAGUGUUUAUUAUUUGACCAUGUGUUGAUACUUUUCCUAUUCAUCAUGUCAAGUGGUCAAAAUAAAGUUAAAGUAAUUAACAAUGACUGAGGUAGGCUAUGAUUGACCACCAUAUUACACAACUUCAUCUGAUAUCUCAUCUUUAUAAUGUCACAAGUCCAUUACCUGUGUUUGGUACAGCACUAUUAAUCGAAAAAAUCCCCGUUUUUAAUUUUCCUUUUGAAUGCAUACAAAAUGUGUGAGGAUCAUUCUUGUAUUGAUAUCAUUGUAACCCAUUGAAAUUUUUUUUUUUAGUUCUUUUCGGGGUAAAUUAUAUUUGCAUAUCAGGCAGAUUAAAGUUUCAAUGGGUUUAAUUCUAAGAUUUCGUUUUCCCUUGAUAAUGACUUGGGAGUGGUCUGUAUUGCCAGUCCUUUCCAGUUUCCAGUUGUAACUGGUUAUACAUGUAUAUAUAAUGAAACAUAAACCUGUUUUACAUGAAUAGACAUAUCAUUAGUAUACAUAUUAGAAUAUACCCAGUUGUGUUGUAUAUCUACAAUUGUUUACCUGUGAUAAUCAGGAAAUCCAUUAAACUAGGAAAACAUUUACAAUUAAUUGUCUCCAUUCUCUGUAUCUUUAUUCAAUAUCUGAAAACCUGGCAAUAUUGAUAACUAAAGCAGACUCAUUAAUAGGAAAUGGGACAUUGAUGGCUUAUUGCUGUACAUAAUUACUGCUUAGUAAAUGAAAAAAUAGGAUUUCUUCAAUGCUCAAUGAAUACAAACAUCACCUGUAGUAUAUACCAGUGCAUAUUUUUUUCAUUUGUAUAUAUUGAUGAAAAUACCAGUAUAUUUUGUUUUAGAAGUAUUCUUUUCACAUCUGUGCUCAAAUAUAAAUAUAUUUACUGUUUAAGAAACAUGCCGUUUAUCACAUCAUAAUCAUAGCUGUUAUAAACCUCCAUAAAGUUAUAUAUUAAAAUUCCCCAAAGUAGAACAUGAUAUAUAUAGUAUACAUGUAUUAUACAUUGCUCUGAAAGGUUGUGUCAUUAUUGUAAUACACAGGUACGUAGGUAUUGUAUAUAUUAUAAAUUAUGCUACUUAACUGUCUUAGGCACUUAAGGGUAUAUGCUAACCUUAUACUGUCUGAGACACUUAAGGGAUAUGCUACCUUUUUGUCUAAGACACUUAAGGGUAUAUGCUACCACCUAGCCAUCAGGAUCUACGGUUAUAUGCUUGGAUCCUUAUUGUAUAAGGCAGUUGUGCAUAAUUUUAUUCACACAUAUAUCUGCUGGUUUCAUUGAAACUGAUGUUCAUUUCAUAGAUUGUAUCAUGAAAUAAGUUUAAUCACUCAUAUGGGUUUAUGUGUGAGGAAACCUGAGUACCAGGAGAAAACCCAUCUGACAGAUUAGACAUAACUUCUUUUUUUUUCAUUUAUUUAAGAAAUUCAACCUUGUAAUCUUGUUGAAUGGUGAGCAGGCUGUCCACCUUUUGUUGAUAAAAAAUGCAAGGAUAACUGUGUUACAAUGUAGGUACAUUUUGAUGGACAUGCCGUUUCACAAAUGAAAUAUUCAAAUGUAGGAGUGAUUUAAUAUUCUUGUAAAUGUAUACUGUAUAUAAAGUGAUGGCACUGCAGAGCUGUAUACCAAAUAUUUUUGGUAAAAAUUAGUUAUGAGAUAAAUUCAGUGUUGUCUACCAUCAUAAGCUCAUAUAUCAUAUUUUAGUAUAAUAGUUUUGUUAGGAGGGAAAAGUCAUACUCUAAACUUACCUAUUUUAGUAGUACUUGUAGUCUUAUUUUAAAGCUUUUUACUCACGAAACAAGCUGCAUAAUUUGCUAAAUUAAUUAUGAUCAUGAUACAUUGUGUAUUGUUUCUACAUUGCAAGUAUAUUCUGUAUUGUGAGUAUACUAAUAGAUUAUAUCACUGGUCUGGUAAAUUUGAUAAUGCACAAAAAAUAGUGCCAAAAUGAGUGUAUUCAUUCCAUUGUUAACCAGUGAAAAUCGGAAAUAAUCCAUUAGAUAUUGAUUAGAUAUUAAUUUAUACCUGGUUCACUGCUUUUUGCAUUAACCAUUUAGAAUGUUGCCUUCUAUUGACUGUAUAUUGAAAUUCAUUAAUUCUCCAACUCACAGACAAAUGAAGUGACAAUAAUUAAGUGGUUAUUUAACUGUACCUUUGCAGUACAUUGCCGGUUUUACUAAAUUACUAACAGUUACAACAGUUAGUAAGUAACAGCACAAAGUUAUAACAUUUAUCACGAUAGGUGACAUGAUAAUAAACAGUGAUUUUAAUAUAAGUUUGUACCAAAGGGAUCAGUUCUGAUAUUUCUCUGCUUGAAAUGAAGUAUUUUUUUCAAUAGCAGAUAAGCAUUUGCCUGGCCUUUUAAUCAGGCAGAUUAAAUAGAUAACAAGCACGUUCAUGAAGUUAAUUACCAGUUAUAGAUUCACCAUAAAACAGGAAUGUUUCCAUUACAAUAUUAGCCAACACUGGACCCUUGAGAACCUCUGAUCGAGUAUUAGAGCCUGUAACUACAUAAUCAAGAGCAGAUCACUUUUCAAGAUAAUUGUUCUCAUACCCUGGAUAGGGAUAUCCACAAUUUCAUUGAUGUGAAAUUUUCUUAUCUCACCCUAGAGUUAAGACAAGCUACACAAGCCCUUUGUACAUUAAUUCUCAACAAUUGUAUGAUGUCACAUAAAUACACUGCCCUUUUACUUGUAUGGAGACAGUGUAUCCUUUACUUGUACAGAGACAGUGUAUCCUUUACUUGUACGGAGACAGUGUAUCCUUUACUUGUACAGAGACAGUGUAUCCUUUACUUGUACGGAGACAGUGUAUUCUUUACUUGUAUGGAGGGAGUGUAUCCUUUACUUGUACGGAGACAGUGUAUUCUUUACUUGUACGGAGACAGUGUAUCCUUCACUUGUAUGGAGGGAGUGUAUCCUUUACUUGUAUGGAGACAUUGUAUCCUUCACUUGUAUGGAGGGAGUGUAUCCUUUACUUGUAUGGAGACAGUGUAUCCUUUACUUGUACGGAGACAGUGUAUCCUUUACUUGUAUGGAGGGAGUGUAUCCUUUACUUGUAUGGAGACAGUGUAUCCUUCACUUGUAUGGAGGGAGUGUAUCCUUUACUUGUAUGGAGACAGUGUAUCCUUUACUUGUACGGAGACAGUGUAUCCUUUACUUGUACGGAGACAGUGUAUCCUUUACUUGUAUGGAGACAGUGUAUCCUUUACUUGUACGGAGACAGUGUAUCCUUUACUUGUAUGGAGACAGUGUAUCCUUUACUUGUAUGGAGGGAGUGUAUCCUUUACUUGUAUGGAGGGAUGUAUCCUUUACUUGUACGGAGACAGUGUAUCCUUUACUUGUAUGGAGACAGUGUAUCCUUUACUUGUAUGGAGGGAGUGUAUCCUUUACUUGUACGGAGACAGUGUAUCCUUUACUUGUAUGGAGGGAGUGUAUCCUUUACUUGUAUAAUGGAGACAGUGUAUCCUUUACUGGUACAGAGACAGUGUAUCCUUUACUUGUACGGAGACAGUGUAUCCUUUACUGGUACAGAGACAGUGUAUCCUUUACUUGUACGGAGCAGUGUAUCCUUUACUUGUACGGAGGCAGUGUAUCCUUUACUUGUACGGAGAGUAAAAAUCAGACAUCUCUUCCAUCCAUCCCUGAUAAAGUCUUGUGCCCUCUUAUGAUUGACAGUUGUAUCUGGAGUCGUUUCCUAUAUUUCAUCAGAUAGAUUAAAAGAUUUAUAUUGUUCAUAUUUAUUAUCAUACUCCAUUAGUUCAAUCUUUUGAUUGAUUGUUGCUUCAUGUGAAAACUGCUUGUAUACAUAUUACGUAUUUAGCCUUUUAAUCAUACAAAAGUUCUGACUUCAUUAAUUGGUAUUUGAUAUUGAUGAAUGAUCCAUCAGUACAUUUAUCUAUCAUAUGUAGUGAGCUGUUAGGAGCUGUUGGGUUAUACUAACAUUGUCAAUGUAAGAAUAUUUAAGAUGACAUGGACAUGAGUGAAUACAGGUGGACUGUGACAUCCAUUGGUGGCAUGGGUUGACACAUAAGGAGUGAUAGUUAAAACUGGGGCUUAUAAUAAUAAAACAUGUGUCCCUGGUUGAAAGCCUCAUUGAAAGGGUCUUAUAUAAUGAAACGAAUAACAGGCUGCCCUAUUGUAAUUUCCUUGAGUGAUGAACUGUUUUUCAUGUGUUGUAGAUACAGAACACAUUUCAUAAGUCAUACAUCCCUCACAAAGCUGCUUAUAUGUCAAAAUGUAAUUUGGCAUUACCUUGAAAUAGUGCCAAAAAAUGAAGAACACUUAAGUUCUUGAAUUAGCUGAAAAUGUUUUAAAGUAAGCUGACACAGAGUUAGCAUUAGAAAUGCAAUAUGCUUUAAAUGGAAAUAUGUCACUAGACAAAGAAUGGCAAUAUUAUAAUGGAACUUCAUCUUUAGUCAUUUGCUGGCAAUAUUUUAAUGGGGAUUUAUCUUUAGCCAUUAACUGGCAAUAUUUUAAUGGAACUUUAUCAUUAGCCAUAGACUGGCAAUGUUUUAAUGGGACUUUUUUUACUAGCCAUAGACUGGCAAUAUAUUUAAAGAUUAUAUCAAUGGGACUUUAUGACUAGCCUUUAAUUGGCAGUGAUUUAAUGGGACUAUGUCAGUAGCCAUUAACUGGCAAUAUUUUGAUGAGGCUACGUCAGUAUUGCCAUAGACAAGCAAUUUUAAUGGGACUUUAUCACUAGCCAUUAACUGGCAAUAUUUUAAUGGGAGUGUGUCAGUAGCUAUUAACUUGCAACCAUGAAUAAAAAACAUGUAUAGUUAACCUUAGACUGUCAAUGUUUUAAAGGUACUAUAGAGUGCAAUUUUUUUAGUAUGUAGUUAAUUAACCCUUUAAGCCCUGAUGAUGCAUUAAUGCAUCACCGUGCCGGGGCCGAAUGAUGCAUUAAUGCAUCACCGUGCCGGGGCCGAAUGAUGCAUUAAUGCAUCACGGAAGUAGAUUUUUUUCUGCAUUUUUUUGAAGUGAUGAUACGGCGAUUUAAAUAAUCAUGACUGAUUCUUACUUGAAUGAGAUAAUGUUUGGCAAUAAAUAAUGAAAUUAACAAUACGUAACACAACUUUAGAUGUCUAAAUUUACGUAUAACGUCCAACUUGUUUUAAACUUCUGCUCUCGAGAACUUCCGGUCGGACGGGAGCGAGUAAACAACUGGAAAUAUCUUGGAUGGAAUACUAUUUUUACCCAUAUACUGUCAAUGACAUUGUGAAAUUUGUCUUACUUAAAUAAGACGGAUCACAAUAUGUAAUAAGACAUCUAAGUAUCUAAGGAAGGGAAUAUCUUGUGUUUAAUUCCAGUGAGUUCUUUUGACCCAUGCCUUAAUUUAUCAUAUGUAAUAGUCUAAUAUAUUCUGUACCAGACUAUAUUAUUUACAAUUACAUGAAUUAGAUCCAUUACACAAUAUCUAUAUAUAGAUGAAUUGUGAUCAAUUUACUUCAGUGCAAAACUAAAGCAUAUCUUCUACAAAAUUAUUUACUUCAAUUCUUUUACUUACAAAUUAUGAACUGAAUUCCAAACCUGAAUCUCACCACCUUCUAUUAUCUUAAAUUUUCAGCGGGGACAAAAAAAGUAUGGCCGUGCUUGUGAUCUAUAUGUAGGGUUUACACUACACUGCAAUUCAUGUGAUAGUUGUCUGCUUUUGAUUUCAAAAUGACAUUAUCAAAAAAAAAAGAUUAUGAAUCACUGUGCAUUGUUAAAGUGUGUGUUCCUGUUUAUUUUUCAAUUCAGAGCAAUUACACUUAUCUUAUCUGAAAUCUUCACUGUUACAUAAGAUAUAAAUAGCUGGUUUUCUAAUCACAGACUGUUUUCAUAUGAGUUUGCAAAUUAAUACUGAGGGUGUUGAUAAUUGAAACUAGGUAUUUGUAAUGAAUUAGUGCUUUUGUAUUAUCUGCAACUAUAGUCAUGAUGACCAUAUGAAUUGUUAAACCUGUGUAUUAAGAAUUCUGCUGGACAACAGCAGAUCUGUUAUUACUGGUAGGGACCGUUACCAGGGUCACUUAGUCGAGUCAUUGUUUGUACCAUAGCCUUCAUCAUGCGGCUCUGAUGUUAGGUGUUGAUAGUCUAUCACUGUGUUGUGUACCCAAGCAUCUCCGGUGUAACAGAUGGGAUUGUGUGUAGCAAUUGAAAAACUGUUGUAUAUCAUUAAAGUGUUAAGCAGACAA